AUGGGUAAAUCCAAGAGAAGAUCUAAGGCGUCCAGAUUCCAUGCCACUCCCUUGGGGAAAAACAGAUCUACUCAAAAAGAUGAGGUUAUGACAGCCAAAAAGGUGCAGCCUCUGCUUAAGCAGCUUCAGAGCGCUGUACCUAAUGACAGAGCAAUGGCGCUGGGCAGCGUUACAGUUCUUUGCGAGGACCCCUACCUUAGAAAGCUUUUCUUAAAGGAAAAAUUGGUUCCCUUGGUGAUGACCAAGCUUUUGUCCGACACCAACAUGGAAAUUAUGGUAGAAGCUCACGGGCUUUUGAGAAACUUGGCUUUAGAGGAGGGGUAUGACGUCUGCGUCUUUCUUUGGAGAUCUGACAUAUGGACCAGUAUUACCGCUGGUUUUGACAAGCUACAAAAAUCAUUACAAUGGCUAUCUUCGAAUAAUCCUUCCAAAAAAGAGUCAUCCCGACAACUUUUCGAUUUCGGUGAAAACUUAAUAUCAUUAGUGGUUGCUUUGGCUGACGGCUCAGACAAAAUCGUAGAUGACAUACUGAGCUCCGAUAAGCUGCAAAGCAUUUUUUCUGUCGUCCGUUCGGUGGCCGAAUAUGGCAUUACAUAUGAAGAUGGCUCAGCCUGCUUGCGAAUUCCUCCCGCGCUUUUCAAUACCAUUUUAGACCUUCUUUUCGAUUUUGGUUCUGAGUCUGCGGAUUUUAUGCAUGCAUUGGCUCAAGAUUCAUUUCUGAGUGGGUUUGUGGAAGCGCUGCCUACACUUCAAUUAAAGACAGCCAACGAAUUGAGCGCUGUACUAAUCCAAGGUAUUCGUCUACAGUGUUUAGAUCUCAGUUUGACUAGUAUCCAGGCAAAUGAGAUCAUAAUAAAUGCUUGUUCCGCGAUUGAAGCCAUUGAUUUAGAGAACAUGAAAAAGUUUCUUUCGACUACAGAUCUGGACAAUGAGCUGGGAAAUGCUCCAGAUGAUCAGAUUUCAAAGAAAAUCAAAGAACAUACGAAGCAGCGUGCUUUGGCAAGCAUGAGACUGCAAAGUAUUGAAGCUACCCUGGACAUUGUCACGGCAUCUUUGGAGAUACUUGCUGCCAAAUAUGAAGAUGAGAACGAGACUGUAAAUGAAAAUCUCAUGCAGACACUAACCGUUUCUUUGCCAGUUGUUUUCCAAUCUCUUUACAAUGACUUUCAGUCUAGAGUUCUUAUUGCAUGGAACAACAUGCUAUGGUUGUAUCUGACGAUGCAAAUUAAUUUCUUAGGGUUAUCUGACGUAACUUGGCAACAGCUAUGGCUCUCCGUUUCUGCAUCAAGUGAUGAAGAAGAAUCUGAUUAUGGCAUAAAGUUAGGAAAAUUAGGCGUUAUGUGGGCUUUACUGAAAACUUUACAGCUCCAAGAUAAUAAAACGCCUUAUUUGACCUCUUUCAACUGCGAUAAUGCCGAAUUUGUUAGCGCUAUUCAAGCUGACUUCACCAAUUCUACACAACUGGGCGCCGAAGAAGGCAUUGCAAUAAGACAAAGGUGCUGCGGCAUCCUAUCCUGUCUCGCAAUGCUCCCUGAUCACAUUGAAUUGAAUCGCCAAAUAGGCCAUUUUUUUAUGGAAAUACUAGCGGACAAGGAGACAACCGCGGCCACAAUGGUAGAUGUCUGCGACGUUCUUUUCGAUGUUUAUGCUGAUGCCAGCUAUGAUUACGAUGAGUCCGUUUUUGUGAAAGACCAAUUUUUAGGUAUUUUUGAAAACACCGUUGUUCCCAAUAUGAAGGAAAACUUCAAAUUUGUCGAUAAGAAUAAGGAUCCUGCUUUCAAAGCAAGAACUCAAAACUGUCUGAGGACAGUGGAAAGAUUUAUAGAUUAUAAGGUGAGCGAGCGCCGUUAG